AUGGAACUUAAUAGCUUGAUUUUCCCAGCACCAAAACCAUUUUACAGCGAAGACUCGUUCCCAGGAGAGCUCAUAUUUGUCCCCCGAGUUAAUUCCUCCACAAAGCCCAGGAUUCCUUGUUUAUACUUGACAUGUCCAAGAGGAUCAAGUAAAGUUCUUCUUUACUUUCAUGGAAAUGCUGAAGAUAUAGGACUAGCAUAUGAAUUACUAGACCAUUUAAGAUCUACCUUAAUGAUGCACGUAAUUGCAGUUGAAUAUCCAGGCUAUGGCUUAUACCCUGGGGAAAGUUCCGCAAGUCAAAUAAUUGAGGAUGCUGACAACGUAUAUACCUCUGUUAAUUGAAUAUAGGCAUAAUAAUUAAGGUAAAUAUAUUUGGCCUAUCAAUAAUCAUUCAGCCUAAAUAAGCAUAUCAAUAUCUUGUACAAGAAGUCGGAAUAAAUCCAAGAGACAUUAUUGUUUUCGGCAGAUCUAUUGGAACAGGCCCAGCCUGCUGGCUAGCUGCAGAACGAAAUCCAGGCGCUUUACUUCUUAUGUCUGCCUACACUUGCAUUAGGUCAGUAGCAAAAAGUAUUGCUGGUACAAUAGCUUCUUAUCUUGUAAAAGACAGAUUCCGAAAUAUCGACCUAAUGCCUAAAAUAGAAUGCCCUACUUUUAUCAUUCAUGGCCAAAAAGACGCACUCAUCCCUUACGAAAAUUCACAGCAGUUGCAUGACCGUUGUGCUGGGCCUUGCAGCUUAAUUUUGCCUCGAGAAAUGGAUCACAAUGAGUUCGAUUUUUACGACGAUUUAUGGGUAGUCUUAAAAAAAACCCAAAUUCAAGAAUUUUUAUAAGGAAAAUUACUAUAAUUUACCCUAGGUUUUUUUAUGACAUUCCGAUUUAUCGUUACCUUUUUCAGCAUUUUUGAUGCAGUGUGGAAUUUCAGUUAUCCCAGAAAGCAUUCACUCAGCAUUUCUGAGCAUUCCUGCGCAUUUGUAUUUACCCGGGCACAAGAGUUUAGAUGGGAGGCAUUAG